AUGGAUUAUCAAUAUGUACAAGUUGGAAAUUCUCCUGUUUAUAAGACGGAGAGGAAACUCGGUAAGGGUGGACUUGGUCAAGUUUAUGUUGGCAGGAGGGUGAGUGGUGGCAGUGGUAGGAUUGGAGCAGAUGCAAUUGAGGUAGCUCUGAAACUUGAACACCGAAAUAGUAAAGGAUGCAAUUUUGGCCCACCUUACGAGUGGCAAGUGUACAAUACGCUCAAUAGCUGUUAUGGAAUUCCUGCUGUACAUCAUAAGGGUCGUCAAGGAGAUUUUUACAUCCUGGUCAUGGACAUGCUUGGUCCUAGCCUUUGGGAUGUUUGGAAUUCUUUAGCUCAAUCGUAAGCACUUUGAUCAUGAUUUAUUUUCAUCUCAUAUAUGCUCAUGUAGAUAUUCUAAAUUUAUAUUAACUUGAA